GUGAUUUUCAAAAAUUCGGUUACGAUACAAUCUGCGAAUACAAUAAAAAAAAUAUGAUUGUAUCUUUAUUGCAUAAAUUACAAUAUGCCGCCGGACUUAUAUUUGUCUGCCGAGUUGUGUCGUGACGUGUAAGAACUUUAUCGGUUUUAUGCAUUUAGUACGGUAUAUGUUUGUGUGUCGCGAUGUGUUGUGAUGCCUUCUGAUAUGAUUCCGAUCUCAUCAGAAAGGUGCAGUUGAGAAGCACCCGGUAUUGGUUGCUCGUUCAACACUUGACUGGAUGCCGAGUAGAGUUAAUUCCCUUUACUCGGAUGUCGGGGCAUGGAGUGGAAAAUUUAGACCAGUAAUGGAUGAAAUAGAAUCGGAUGAAGCAUUAAGAUUUUACCAGUUUCUUAAUUACCUGGACGGUGGUAGCUUUGGUACAGGUCCCAUUGAUGAGUUUGUUGAAGCUAUGAACCGACUGGCUAAUUAUAUGAAACAACAAAAUAGCAGGGAAACUCAAGCAAGGGGAAUGAGAGAACUUGAAGCCAUCAAUGGCGAAAAAGGGAACAGUAUCAAAACUGUGUUAGACGUCAGUACUGUUAUAAUGAGGAAAAAGAGGAAGUUCUUCUGUACUGGUGAAGUCAAAGAGCCCAUUGUUAAUAAUAAAAUUAUAUGUAAGGAUAGAAUAUUACUUCCCAUUGCCGGGACUUCGUGUAGAGACGCUAUUAUGUAUUGGCAUCCUGAUCUUACUGAAGAACAUUACUGCGUAGGAGCACUUGAAUCGAAGAGCCCAGUCCACAUAAUGGACAUUGAAGGUGAAAUGUUUUGCAAAGGAGAUGAUUAUUCAAAACGGGAAUACCUACUGGCGUGUGAUUUCUAUGAAGAUCAAGAAGCGCCAGUUGCUGAUUUGUUACAGUACUAUCCUGACCCGGACCCCGAAAUAAUUCCUAAAUUAUUUAAAUGAUUAAAAAUGAACAUGCGCUUACAAAGUAAUACUGGCUUAACUAUAAUUUUUACAAAAAUAUUAUUUCCCCAGAUUUAUAAUAUAUUGAUUGAUAUUUUUUGAUCAUAUUGAUUUAUCAAGCUUAAAUUAUAUUACAUGCAAAUUAAAUCAGUUUUGUUGCUCAAAAUA